ACAUAGUGGAACAGAGUUCCUUCAAGUAAGGAAGACAGAACAUCUAUAAAAUAUAUAAUUUUUAAAUUGGCAAAAAGAAGAUAUGAAGGCAUUAAUUCUUUUAUGCUUUAUUACGGCUGUAAUGUCUGCUGCAAUUAAGGAGAAUCUGGAAGAAAAUAAUUUGGUUCAAUCUAAAUUAAGAGAGAAACGAGACUCAUCUACUCGUAUCCUUGCAGUUAAAAGUGAGCGUGAAGCAAGAUCAUAUUUGCAAAAGUAUGAGCAUAUGUCCAAGACUACACACAAUCAAACAGAUGAUUAUGCUGAGGGUCUGAAAAGAUUUCAAAAGGAAGCCGCAAUACCCGUUACUGGUAAACUUGAUGCAAGAACUUUGUCACUAAUGAAUAAAGAACGAUGCGGGAUAGUUGACGAUGAAUUUAGAGCUCCGAAUACUGGCAGACAAAAGCGUUAUGCAUUAUAUGGUAAAAAAUGGAAUAGGAAGAAGCUUAAAUGGAGGUUGUAUAACUAUACACCUGAUAUACCAAAUGUUUCAGUGGUUGCUGCAAUAAAAUAUGCACUAAAACAGUGGUCUGACAAUAGCAAAUUGAAGUUUACAAGAGUUUAUUCUGGAAAUGUCCAUUUGAAAUUUAGAUUUGUUAGUGGUGCACAUGGAGAUGGUUAUCCCAUGGAUGGACCAUCUGGAACUUUAGCCCAUGCUUUCUAUCCAAAAACCUCAAGAAAGGGUCAAAUCCAUUUCGACGAAGCUGAAAAAUGGAGUACGUCAAAUAAUAAGAUACAUCUGUCGGUAGUUGCUUGUCAUGAACUCGGACAUGCUUUGGGUUUGAAGCAUUCCAGUAAGAGUCAGGCAAUUAUGUAUCCGUACUAUUCUUAUAAGGGACAGAAUUAUAAACUGAAUUCAGAUGACAAAAAAGGUAUUCAAAAGCUCUAUGGAAAAUCAUGUUUUUCUGGUGAAAGUAAAGUUGUACUUGAAAAUGGACAGACGAUUUCAAUGAAGCAAUUAAAACUUGGUGAUUCUGUUCUCUCUUCUAAAGGUCGUUUCAGUCCAGUUCUUACUAUGCUUGAUAGAAAUACACAAGAACCAGCACUAUUUCUUACUUUACGUACAAAAAGUGGGCAUUUUAUUCAACUUACACACCAACAUCUGAUCGCUGUUGAAACUGCUGAUGGUAAACGCUAUAUUCAUGCUGAUCAAGUAAGAAUAGGACAAAAGUUAUAUUCUCAAGAUAAUGGAAUUGAAAAAGUGACCGAGGUGAUAUCUAUUGAAGAAAUACAAAUGAAUGGGUUUUAUGCUCCAAUGACAGCUGAUGGAACAGUGAUAGUAAAUGGGAUUGAAGCAUCAUGCUACGCCGUAAUCAAUAGUCAUGAAAUUGCACACUUGGCCAUGGCUCCACUUAGAUGGGUAUUGCAAUUAUAUAACUCAAUAAUUGGAUUGAAGUCUAGCAUAGAUUCCUCUGAAGGAAUUCAUUGGUAUGGUGAAAUGUCACAAAAUUAUAUUCUACCAUUGGCACAAAACCUCGGUUUUCAGCUAUCAACUUAGAACUUAUUAGCCAUUUUAAUGAAAUACGUGGUAAAAAGACAAUUUUAUACCUGAAUAUUUUAAUAUAUUUUUUUGCCAUAAACAAUUUUUCACUCUUUAAGAAGUGAUUGGCAAUUUACUGAAUUUUUUUUAGCUUAGUCAUAUAUUAAUGUUUUAAAUCUGCUACUUGUGUUUAAUUCUUUCUGUUUAAUUUUCAUUAGCUAAUUAAAUAGUCUAGCGGAAUAAAACUAAACUGUA